AUGGACUCAAGUGUUAUCUGGGCCGAGCACUGCCAGACCCCGGACUACAAAACUGACCCUCAAUUGCUGUUUGAAGUGCUGCAAGAAGAAAUUCCUUCUAUAGCCUUGCCGGCAUCGUACCCCAGUCUUGCAGAAGUUGAACAACAGGCCAAAAAAUAUUCAAAGUCUGUCUUCGAAUCCUGGAAUAUCCUUCAUCAUAUCCUCUGUCAGCGCGAAGAAACCAUCCGACGUAGAUGGAACAAAAAGUCCAAGGUACAACGAGAAAAGGUCUUGCUUUCUGCAUGUCCAGAUAUCCCUCAUGGCCAUCGUCCAGAUCAUCAAAUAAUGAUGCGUUUGUUGGAAAAAGGCUUCUGCCAAUGCUGUAACAGAGUGAAACCACAAUUCAGCAAUGCCGUCAAAGCCAGGAAUGAAGCAGCUUUCAAGUGUCCACAGAUCAACCUGGAGGACCUUGCAAAAAGCAAGACACUGUUGCUGUUCCUCAACUCUCGUGGUCAUAACCUGCCACAUGUCUUCGCGCACACCGAUCUCAGAACAUGCGAAUUGGGGAGGCACAGCUCGGAAAUCCCAACAGCCUACCUUCACUGUCAUACAAUGUAUCUGGCGGGCCAGGUCACAGAAGAGAGUUAUGGCAAAGUUGUUCACUGGGCAGAUGAGGAGCUCGACUUUGGAACUGUCGGGCAAACACUUCAGUUCCAACCCGGCCAUGGCUUGCUCGUGCUCGAACAGCAAAGCAGAAUCCUUGACUUCUUGGUGAAAUGCUGCUUUGAAAUUCUCAAAGAUAUCUCAAGAGAUGAGAUUCUGUAUCUGGGAAUUGUAGCUCAACCAAAGCCUCCGCCUCUAAUUACGAAUGACGACACCUCAUACGUUCAACUGUCAACAAUCGUUGCUGAAGAACCCUACCGCUUGCCAACAACGAUAGAUACACCACGACUUCUAGCACUGAUCGAAGCAAGGAGAAACGCUGCAGAAGAUCACAUAUGGGAGAUGAGAGAAGAUCCUGGUUAUUUUGCAUCGGUCCUAUCAGACCAUCAUGAUCACAGAGCAGAGAUCCUUCGCGAUACUGAUGGAAAAAGUCAUCCGGAUCAGAAGGACUUCCACUCUUGGGAUCGGAUCCUCUCUACCGCUGUCGCCUGCGCAUAUGAGGAUCUGUUAUCCUGGAGCAGGCUGCAUCGCCAGGUGAACAUGCUCGAGUCUCAGUUCAAACGCAGCGGCAAAAUCAUUGAUCCUCAACAACGCCUGCACGAGAAGUUUGAGAAGCAUAUCGUGUUGGUGUACAGUACCCUACGUCGCCUAUGUCGAAUGAUGCUUCAACGCUUCACAGUUGCCUUCGCUUGCUCACACCCAAUGCGCGCCCGAUUUGCCAGAUGUCCCCACGGAUUGGGGACGGCCUUUAAUACGGAAAUCAUCAUCAAGGGCGGCAAGGGCGGCAAGGAUAGCUUCGAACCAUUACUCGUUUUGGUGAGCCACCUUGCCAGACAUGACGCUCAAACAAUGGGAGCACUACAUGGCACAAUCGAUGAAAUGCAAUACUAUCUGGAUCAUGACCCUGAACAGAAGAACGUGUUUUCCUCUUUCGCGGCCAAAAUAUUCUCCGACCUAGCUUUGAUCACGCAGAUUGCGCACCAAAUCGACAACGUCUAUCCAUGGGCAGCUAUAUUCAUUCAUAAGCGAGCGGAAAAUUUCAAAGAACCCAAACAUCCGGCCGCGUAUGUAGAAGGCAUUACAAAUGUGCUCAAACGACCGAAGCCAUUCGAUGUCAACGAGCUCGUCAACCCUAGGAGCAAGAAGUUCUACUACCCCGUCGAGAAGGCAUACAAUGCUGCACAAAUUGAAGCAAUGCAACAAGCGGAAGCGAAUCUUGAUGAAGUUUGGGAAAUGCUCGAGUCCUACUUUUCUACCAGAUAUCCGCUUGGUCUAUUUGACUUAUUCAAGGUCCACUAUAUCAGUGAUUUUCGCGAGAUACGAAGGACAGCAGAUUAUGUUCCUUCAGAAAAGGAUCUAGUCAAGGCCAAAUGCGUUGGGACAGCCCUCGACAUAAAUAUUAGACUCGGUAGCAGUGGCUUCCUUAAUGAAGACUCACUCUCAUUCGACCCAGUGAUCAAGAAACCCAAAAUCAAGACAAGAGGUACGCCCACGUUGACAGAUACUGCUCGCGGUCCGGACCACCCGCACGAGAUCACAACGGAUCAAGGUCCAGGUAGACUCGACGAGAAAAGUCUAAGCAUUGUCCUUAGUAAGAGAGCCCGCAAGGUUCUGGUAACACUUUUCCACAUUGACGCUACAAGUGACCAAAGUGGAGAAAUACCAUGGAAGGAUUUUCUUCACACCAUGACUUCACUACAUUUCAACGUUGAGAAGCUAUACGGCUCGGUCUGGCAAUUCACUCCAACCACAGGGGGGGUCAAGCGAGGCGUAAAUGUCCAUGAGCCACAUCCAUCCAGCAAGAUUCCAUUUUACAUGGCGAGAAGUAUCGGUCGAAGGUUGUCUCGGACGUAUGGUUGGAUAGAGGGAGUGCUCGACCAAGCUUGA